AUUUCGGUAGAACCUGCAGGAGUGUGUUCAAUUACGACCCUUGUAAUCAUCCUAACCUGCCAUUAAGUACCGGGGCCAUAAUUAGUAUAGUAGUUCAUGCAUCAGGAAAUCUCGAGUUUAACUUUGACUCACUUAUAUCCAACUUUUCACAUCAAAUAGUAGGGAAGCGGACAAAAGUAAAAGUAACUUUUUUACACCAGACUUUGAUGCAAAAUAUUUACCGGCGAGAAUGUGUGAGAAUUUGAAAAUCCGACGAAAUUCAGUUGGCGAAAAUGUGUGACUCAUAUCCUCCCGAUAACCACAGUUGGUUACUUGUUCAAGAUUUAUAGAAUUAAUCGCGGGCGCUGCAGUCAAUGUUAAUGCGUGUGUGCUGCGCACAGUGCGCAGCGCUUACUCACUGCAACAUCAACAAUCUCCGAGUCUGCACGUCGUCACUCAGCUCAGCUUCCACAUCCUCCUACCGGGUCUCCAGAUGCCCAGGCUGUCAUAUGUGUGGUGCUCUUGUGAGAGCUACAGAUGUCGAGAUAAUCCUGAUGCAAGUGGUCAGAAACUACAGGCCGUUCAGACAGCUGCAAGACAUCAUGACGCUGAUCAGCAGCUCCGCGAGGCUCGUGCCGCUGAACCAGUUGAUGAUGUCGCUUCUGGGCAUGACCUACCUGCGCAUGAGCCCUUUGGAGCCGACGAACCAUUCGCGCAUAGUGAUGAUGAUGGGGAAGUGAACUUAGACCAUCCUCAGCUGCUAGACAACCUCUUCGAGACGUGGAAUGAACCCCCCAAUGUUCAAGGCCCAGAUAACUUCAGCACUGACGAAGAUGAAGAAAUCUUUCAGCGACUUGGACGAUCCAAUACACCAGAGGAUGAUGUGGAAGAUCCUGCUGUUCCUGAUGAUGAUCCUGGCGCUCUUCCUGAGGAUGGUGAUGGUGUCCCCCGUGAGGAUGAGACUGUUGCCGCUAUUGAUCUCUUUGUAUCACAGGGCACCCAGUUUGAUUUCUCGGAUGUUCAAGAAGCAGCGGAUAUUCACGCUGACCCUCCGUCAUGCAUGGAUGACCACCCAGCAGUCCGCAAUGCAUACAUACGUGCAUUUAUAUCUGCAGCUUUCUACAAUGCUACUCAUGCGGCGGUAUAUCACGAUCUUGAAGGAAAGGAGCGCCUUCUGCGCACCGCUCAACAGGCCAACCCUGAUAUCGAGUAUCCGGGGCUCGAUAACUUUGCCCGCACGCUCCCUGCCCUCCUCAGACAACUUGGUCUAUCAACAGAUCAAUUUAUUGUCUAUUUUUUCGUAUGUGAUAUCUGUUGGAAGCUACACCAUCCAUCAGAGCUUUCCGAGCUACUUUCCCCUAAUUGCACUGUCGCUGAUUGUGACGGAUCGUUGUACACCUCGAAACGACUCGCUGAUGGCAGGGUUUAUAAAGGAGUGAGAUCAAGGUUGAUCUGGUCGUAUUCGUCUGGGAGCUGGAUGUUGUGUUCUUGGAUGUAA